ACUCCCGUCCUCCUUCCCCCGACAGCCUACGAAGAGAUCACCCCAGACGUGGGAACUGAGUUCCCCUUUUGCGACGAGUGCGGCCUGCUGUUCCCGACCGGGGAGCUGCUGAGCCUCCACCUGAGGGACGCGCACGACUCCAAGAAGGGCAAGUUCGAGUGCAGCUACUGCCCCUACACGAGCAACAACAAGUUUGACGUCGUGCGCCACGAACGCGUGCACACGGGCGAGCGGCCCUUCCAGUGCCGGCUGUGCGAGCGGGCGUUUGCGCAGUCCUCGGCCCUGUCGGCCCACCAGCGGACGCACACCGGGGAGCGCCCAUACCCGUGCGGCGGCUGCGACCGGGCGUUUGCCAAAAAGAGCGACAUGGUCCGCCACCAGAAGACGCACACGGCCGAGAAGCCCUUCCGCUGCGACGUGUGCGACAGACGGUUCUCGCAGUCGUACGAGGUGCGGGUACACCAGAGGGUCCACACGGGAGAGAAGCCGUUUGAGUGUGGGACGUGCGGGCGGGCGUUUGCGCACCGAAUGAGCCUCAAGAGCCACCUGAAGCUCCACGACAACAACAAGCCGCCCGUGUAA